AUGAGUUAUGAAGGUUACAAAAUUGAUAAAAUUGUUGUUGGACAAUCGAUUUCAUUUAUGAAUCUCAAAGCCGACAUUCAAUCGAGUUGGAGAUCGAUGAGAUUAGGUAAAUCUUCAAAAUCAAAUACAUCGUCGAAGAUUCGAAUUGGAUAUUCACUAGUGCUCGACUGCCACACUUCCCACAUUACUAAAAAGUUUGUUGAGAUCUUGACCAACAUUGACAGGUGCUCAGGUAAGGAACUGGAGAAGGAGGUGAAGUUCUUGAAGAAUGGUGAUGCUGGUAUAGUUAAGAUGAUUCCCACCAAGCCUAUGGUUGUUGAGACCUUUGUUGAGUACCCAACAUUGGGUCGUUUUAUCGUGAGAGACAUGAGGCAAUAUUUUGAUGUCGGCGUUGACAAGAAGGACCCAAUUGGUGCCAAUAAACAAGAUACAUAA